UAGGCAGAACUGUUGCGGGGAAGUAGUAGUGCAUUGUGGGAGCCGGGAUUCUAGUAGUUUCAUAUGCAGGCAAUAGACCUGCUCGCGUUAACGAAAAGUUUUCUCCUUUUGUGGGAGUGACAGGCCUUUCGAGCGGGAACGUUCUUCUUAAUCUGUAAAGCAGCCAAUCUCGGUCGAGUCUAGAAUUUAGCCCCUCCCUUUCCCCCCUCUUUUCCUCGCGGGGUUUCGAAUGUCUUCAGCUUCUGGUGUGUCUAGUUCCCUAAUGGAAGCCAGAUGAUUUUAAAGCAAGCCCUGCUCCAUAAAUUAUUCACUUCCUCAUUUGAUCCAUCAAAUUGGCUGGACAAGAAGACCUCUGGACUUUCCCAGCAGAGCAGUGACUAGCACUGCUUGUAGAGGCUGAGGAGAAUUAUGCAGGUGAACUCAGACCAUGGUCUCUGUCUUUAAGGGCUGGCCUGUUGCUGGCAGAGCUUUCUGGCAGCCCACUUCUCACUCCACCAGUGAGGCAUCUUCUCUCAGCAUGUCCCUCCAGGAACAUGGGCUUCAUUUCUUUCGCAGUGCUGUUGCCAGAGUCCUGCCAGGGCCCAUGCUGAAGAGGGCCCUGGUUCUAGAGCCGGGUGGAUGCCCCAGGCUUGUGUUGCAUGGUCAGCCUUUUGAACUGAGGAGGAACUUGUAUCUGGUUGGCUUUGGGAAGGCCGUUCUGGGAAUGGCAGCUGCAGCAGAGGACAUCCUUGGGGAUUACCUCUCUCGGGGAAUAAUUAGUGUUCCUCAAGGCAUCCAAGAAACUCUGCAGCAUACAGGAAGGAGGGUGAUUUUGCUGAAGCCCCAGAGCCGCAUCCAAGUCAUGGAAGGAGCUAAGCACAACCUUCCUGACAGAGCAGCUAUGAAGGCAGCCAGCGCUAUCCGGAAUCUGGCCAAGUGCCUGAUGGCAGAGGACCUUCUCCUGGUGCUGAUCUCAGGAGGCGGGUCAGCACUUUUACCUGCUCCCAUCCCUCCAGUCACCCUUAAAGAGAAGGAAACCAUCACCAAGAUGCUUGCUUCGAAAGGAGCUACCAUUCAAGAGCUGAACACCAUCCGAAAGGCACUCUCCUUGUUAAAAGGUGGGGGGUUAGCACAGGCUGCCUAUCCUGCCCAGGUAUUAAGUCUCAUCCUCUCUGAUGUCAUUGGAGAUCCAUUGGACAUUAUUGCAAGUGGCCCUACUGUUGCCAGUUCUCACAGUACCCAGGACUGUUUUCAGAUACUAGCUAAAUAUGAUAUGCUGAACACCUUGCCGGAGUCUGUGCAGUCAGUGCUCUCUGGCUCUGUCACAGGGUGUGCCACUCCCAAAGACUAUUCCCAUGUCUUCAAUGUUGUCAUUGGCUCUAACAGAUUAGCUUUAGAGGAAGCGAAAAGCCAGGCUGAGAAUCUGGGUUACUUAACUAUGGUUCUGAGUGAUGCUGUGUGUGGGGAAGUCAGCACUGUUGCCCAUCUCUACAGCCUGUUGAUUCAGCUCAUUUGCUUGAGCGUCACAAGAGUUUCUGGAAUUGACCCUUUAAAAGACAAGGUAAAAGCAGCACUCUUCAACUUGGAAGCACAGCUGGCAAUCCCAGGCUUGAGCUGUAUGGAGACUUUAAAAACUUUGCAAGAAUUCCAAGUGGAAAGACCUGUUUGCCUUCUGGCUGGAGGAGAAACCACUGUGCAGCUUCAAGGAAAUGGGAAGGGUGGAAGAAACCAAGAACUGGUUCUGCGAGUGGCCAUGGAGCUUCACAAAACCAAGUCCACUGAAGGUGGCAGCUUCCUUGAGAAAUAUGAAGUUGUAUUCCUGAGUGGUGGAACUGAUGGACAAGAUGGGCCAACAGAGGCCGCUGGAGCCUUCUGUAGCCAGGAGAUGGUGGCUGAGGCCGAGCGGGAAGGUUUCAGCAUAGAAACAUUUUUACGUAAUAAUGAUUCAUACACAUUCUUCACCCAGUUUCAAAGCAGGCGUCACCUUUUGAUUACAGGCCUAACAGGCACAAAUGUCAUGGACAUUCAUGCUGUUUUAAUCAGAGCCAGAAGUGGUUAGUGAUGCACUAAACAUUCAGAUUCUUUAACGCAAAGGAAGAGCAUCAAACGAUGGGCAGUUCUAGGCCGCAUAAAAUAGAGAGCAUUGCUCUUCAGGUUGUCAAUAUCAAGGACAUUGCUGAAGGUUACAGUUGGACAUACAAUUUUCCCAAGGCAAGGAUAGCCAGUGCCCAAGCAUCCUGGGUAUCAAGGCUUAGUACCUCCCUGUUUAAGUCCUACUCACAUAAAAUAAUUUUUGGUAACAUAUUUUUACAUUUGUAAUUGAUUUUCAUAAGAGUAUAAAUGCUUAAAUAAAAUAAUAAAAUGAAUGGCAGAUACAUUUAAGAUCCUGUAAAGAUACAUGGGAAAUACUAAUACAACAAAGAGACACAAGUACAAAAAUAAACGUAAUAAAGGUCCAGGAGAUACAAAAAAUAGUUAUAUUGAAGGUGCUGUGAAAUUAUACAAGGACGGAACAUCCAACCAGAACAACUCAUGACAUUUAGCAGCAUGUUGAGUGUUGAUUCAGAUAAUAUAGCAACUGGGGAUUUUGUUGGUAAGAAUUGUUUUGAUACAUUAACAUUGCAUUGUAGUCAUUGACCUGGUUCUCACAUCACCCAGCCUUAUGCUUUUUUCUUGGCUUACUACUUGUGGUUUGUUUGGGAGAAACAAAUCACAAGCCUGGGUUGAGACAUAAUGACAAGUCAGAUUGUCUUGUUUCCUCUCCAGCAUGGCAUCAGAAAGUGCAGGAGAGCAGCAAAUCGGGAACUUUGGAGCAGUAUGCACAAUCACACUGCUUAUUCACAUUAAAACAUAGUUUAUAUGAACUGGUUUAAUGUGGCAUGUGAACUAGGCCACUGGAUUCAUCUAACAGCAAGAUAAUCUAUGUUGCUGUAGACACAACAUUUAUUGUCACAUGAGCCUUUGCAAGCAGACAGCAGCCUACUUCCGCAUAUGCAUAAAUUCAGAACUCACCUGAAGGAGUUAAGUCUUAACAGCCAAACAUGAGCCUUUGCUUUGAUUCUUGACUCAUUCCAAUGUGAUGUCUGUAACUACGUAUGCUCAUUCAGGAGUUUUGGAGUGCGUUGUCAUCAGUAUGCUGAUGACACGCAACUCUACUUCUCCUUUUCAUCUUCUUCAGGUGAGGCUGUCAAUGUGCUGAACCGUUGCCUGGCCGCGAUAAUGGACUGGAUGAGAGCUAACAAACUGAGGCUCAAUCCAGACAAGACUGAGAUGCUGUUGGUGCGGGGUUUCUCUGAUCAGGUGGUGGAUAUAUACCCUGUCCUGGACGGGGUUACACUCCCCCUAAAGGACCAGGUUCGUAGUCUGGGAGUUUUUUUAGAUCCUUCCCUGUCACUGGAGGCUCAAGUAGCCUCGGUGGCACGGAAUGCAUUUUACCAUCUUCGGUUGGUAGCCCAGCUACGUCCCUAUCUGAGUGGGGAGGACCUCACAUCAGUUGUACAUGCUCUGGUAACCUCGCGAUUGGAUUACUGCAAUGCGCUCUACGUAGGGCUGCCUCUGAAGACAGUCCGGAAGCUAUAGCUGGUGCAAAACGCGGAGGCCAGAUUGAUAACGAGGACCAAACGGUCCGAACACAUAACACCCGUUCUGGCUCGCCUGCACUGGCUUCCAAUUUGCUUCCGGGCCAGAUUCAAAGUGCUGGUUUUGACCUAUAAAGCCUUAUACGGCGUGGGACCACAAUACCUGUUGGAACGCGUCUCCCAAUACGAACCUGCCCGGACACUGCGUUCUUCAUCGAAGGCCCUCCUCCGAGCUCCGACUCAUAGAGAAGCUCGGAGGGUGGUAACAAGAACUAGGGCAUUCUCAGUGGUGGCCCCCGAAUUGUGGAACAGUCUCCCUGAUGAGGUGCGCUUGGCGCCGACAUUGUUUUCCUUUCGGCGCCAAGUUAAAACCUUCCUCUUUUCCAAGGCUUUUAAUUUAAUUUAAUUUUAAAACCUGCUGUAAUUGUUUUUAGAUUUUUUAUUUUUUGUAUUUUUCAUUCGAUGUUAUUGGAUUUUAUUGUAUAUACCUGUUUGCUUUCUUG